AUGUUACAGACUGUAAUAAAACGGUGUCUGUCCACGCAGAGACUAAAGCCCUUAAAGGCGAUUUAUUCCUCACAAUUUAGAAGAAUUCACGUGACUGCAAGUCUGAGACACGGAGAGUACGAAUGGCAAGAUCCAAAAUCAGAAGCUGAAGUUGUAAAUGUUGUAUACAUAGAUAAGGAUGGCAAUAAAAUUAAAGUGAGGGGAAAAGUUGGUGAUAAUGUGUUGUAUCUCGCUCACAGAUAUGAAAUCCCUAUGGAAGGUGCAUGUGAAGCUUCCCUAGCCUGCACAACCUGUCAUGUUUAUGUACCACCAGAACAUUUUGAGAAGCUACCAGCCUCCGAGGAAAAAGAAGACGAUUUGUUAGACAUGGCCCCUUUUCUUAAAGAAAAUUCUAGAUUAGGUUGUCAAAUAGUGCUGACUAAAGAAUUGGAAGGUAUGGAAAUACAAUUACCAAAAGCUACAAGAAAUUUCUAUGUUGAUGGUCACAAACCCAAGCCACAUUGA